GAACUUACGUGAGGUGGUAUAGAUCCAGCCGGCCACCUCACAGCCCCUCAGCGAAGCUGCUGUGUGGCCCAUAUGGCCCGCGGCUGACGACACAAGUAUGCAUGUAUUUGUUAAACAUGGUGAGGGGCUGCGCUGAGCUUUUCAGAGAGAGCUCUUGGCAUGUGCUGUGCUGCUCAGCCCCGUCUCUCUGCGGCGAAGGUCAAGAAAGCACCAAGUUAAGGAUAUAGUGAGUGGGUGGGUUGAUAGUGUCUCACACGCACACACACGCAUCAAAACGUCCGUCCACGUCAUGGCCAGGCACUCACUGCAAGGGAUGGCAUGGCACGGCGAGGCGCGCAGCCGCUCGAAGCCCGCACGCAAUACGCCGCACCUGCACUGCACGGACACACAUGGACACAGUGAGUGGCUCAUGGAUCCCACCCACAGUCACGCACACAGAGUUUAGAAAGGGCCAGAGACAGCCGGACAGACAGACCAGAGAGGACCGGAGGACCGGUGUGGUGUGGUGUGGUGUGUGUGGCCGCCUCCUUUCCCCCGUUGGUUAUCAAGGAGGAGCCACACACACACACACUCACACUCUCACUCACACACACGCAGCGAUAGGAUAGAUGGACCACAUUUAUGCAUUCCCACAGACAGACAGACCCACACAAACAACACGGGCACGCAAUGCAUUCGUACCUAAGUGAGUCAGUAGGUAGGUGUCUUGAGAUAAACUCAUCUAUGUCGGUGUUGGCUGGCUGGUUGAUGGCUACCUUACCUUAGCUUAGCUGUCAUGUCCCCCACGGCAGGCAGGCAGGCAGCUGACUGGUGGCUGCUGGCUGCAUCCUGUGGAUGGGAUUGUUUCUAAACAUCAAUCACACGAACGGAGAGCCCCCCCCCUCCCGUCGAGUGUCGUCCUCGAGGGCAAAACCCCACACACACACCAAUACACACACACACAUGCGCCCCGCCCAGGUCCCCCAGCCAUGCCAUGCAGCACCAAGACUCGAACACUCAGGCACGGAGCACAUGUCUGUCUGUCUGUCUAUCCACUGCUGGUUCACCUGACUGACCCGUUCACCACUCCCUCACUGGCUCACGCCUGAGCGCCCCCGCCCUCCAUGUUGGCGUCAUUGUCUUGGGCUGGGGCGGCAGCCUCACCCGUCGCAGCGCUGUCGUCUGCCGCCCCUUCACCCGUGCCGCCCAUCUCAGCGUCAUUCUCUGAAUGACAAAACAACAAGGAAGGCGUCGCAGCCUGCCAUGGUUGGCAAAUGUCUUUGGUCUGUCUGGCUCACUCACCUGGGUUGUCUGGCUUUGGUGGCGGUGGGGGUGCUGGCUUGGGCUCGCUCAGGAUCUUGGUGGCCAUCUCGUUGAGCGCCUGACAUGACAGACACACACGGGAACACAGCACCAGUACAGUACUUUCCGCUGGUUUGUGAUGGUGUGUGUGUGUGUGUAGGGUCUGUGUGCUCACCUGCUGUUUAGCAGUGAUGUCCGCGACCUUGAGCAAUGGCUCCUGGAACAGCGGACACGCCUCCUGCUUGGCCAACUGAACACACACACACACACACAGAGGUGUGCGAAUCUCGCCACAACGGCCCCCCACCACCCUCUCUCUCAGUGUGUGUCUGCAUGGCUGCCUUCCCUCCAUACCAUAUCGUUGAGCCACUUUUCGAUAGCGUCGCAUUCGUUGACGAUUGACUGCUUCUUGGCGGGGUCGAUGUGGGCGUAGCGGUCGUCGGGCGACAUGGCGGCGGUGCGGAAGUCCUGCAGGUUGGCGUAGCAGAUCUGCACCUGCUCGGUGCGCCCCGAAUGCUCCUCAAACCGCUUCUCAAUCGGGGAGAACAGUCCCUGAUCAUCAACCAACGAAUGGAGGGCAGCACACACACACAGGCUGGGCUGGGCUGGGGUGGGCUGGUGUAGUGUUAGUGUGGUGGGUGGGACAUAACAUACGGUCAUUUCGUCGAGUUUGCCGACGAUGACGGACUUUGCGGCGUCCCAGUUGUCGUACAGCCAGUCCUCCGUCUUGGUCAGGUACUCCUGCAGUGACGCCUGAAUCGAACCACACACAACACCGCAGCCACACCAUCCACAAAAACAAACAGGUGGGUGCACGGAGCUCCGCGCGGGUGACCGUCACACAUGCGCCUGGCCUGCACUGCAUGUGUCUCCUCUCCCUCCCUCCCUCCCUCCCUCUCUUCGUCCCUACCGCUUUAGCGGGUUCGACGAAUUCCUUGAGAGAGUCGGUGAUCUUUUCGCGCAUUCUGUAGACGUAGGACUCGAGCUCGUUCAUCUUUUCCCGGGUCUCGGCCACAAUGCGGUCGUCGUUGCGCAUGUUGAGCUCCUCCUCGUGGUAAUCCUGAAACACAACCGCCCUCCACACAACACACGUCGUGGGUGGAUGGUGCGGUGUGGUGUGUUGUGAUGUGGAUGUGCCGGCUUACUUACCUUGACCUUCCUGGCAGGGACGAUGCCUUUCCUGUCGGCGGUGAUGACCUGCAGGUCGGUGCGGCGGGUGCGCUUCUUCUUCUGCUUGACCUCCACCCACUCCCUGCGCAGUACACAGUGAGUGAACGGCACACGUGUGUGGUGGCUGAGGUGUGGUCUGGCGUGUGCCUUUUCGCACUCACUCUGCUGGUUCCUUCUUACUGUCCUCUGUGUCCAUGGCUGCGGGUCCGCCCUCCGACGACCCCUGAGCCGCCGUGCCAUUGGGCACAUCCUGACAACACACGCGAGCGAAGGAGCAAUGAGCACAUCCAUUUCUCUGUCUGACGUGUGUGCAGUGCAUAUGUCCUCACUCACCCCGUCCUGCUUCAUUGCUGCGUCACCAGUAUCGGCGUCCUUCAUUGCUGGUCGGUCGACACAGACACAUACACACACAUACACACACACAGCCCGCACAGACAGACAGACAGACAGACAGACAGAGAGGAGAUGCAUCCACGACACACACCCAGACGAAGCUCUCGCUCGGCUGACUGACCUUCGUGAGUGGUGGAUGUGGCGGUCGCCCCGUCUCCCCCCUCGGCCGCCUGGCGUGGCACCUCCUGGGGCGGUGGUGGCGGUGUGGGCUGCGGCUUCUUCUGCUUGACGGUCUCCUCGUACUCCUCCUCGACGUACUGCUGUGCCGACUCGACGGUGAAGAUGCCGUCGUUGUCGAGCUUGGCGCGGAUCUUGACCUUCUGCUUCUCGCCGCCGCUCUCGGGCAGCUUGAUGUGAUACUUCCCUGCACGUGGGUGGGCACACACAGACGCACAGACACAGAUGGACACACAGGGCGGGGGACGGUUGUGUGUGUGUGUAGUUACCGAGGUCGACAGGGACGCCGGGCGGGAGGGAUUUCUCCUCGGAGUAGAAGACCUCAAUCUCGAAGGGGCUGGAGCGCAUGAAGGUGAGGCUCUUGGUGCUGCCCAUUGUCGACUUGCAGGGGAACAACUCUGACGACUUGGUGCUGACACACACAACACACCCACCCCACACACGCAGAUAGACCCUGUAACGUGGUCUGUGUAUCGGUCACACGCACCCGGUGCCGGUGACCCCGUUCUGCUGCUGGGUCUGCUGUCCUGCUGCCUCGUCGUCCAUGGGCGCCUCGGUCUCCUUGCCCGACUGCUGCCACCGGAUGCUGAUCGGGUGGAACGUGACGUCAUGCACACUGAAGGGACGAACCUUGUACGCAGGAGAUAUCAUCGCACCCUGACACACACAGACAGAGAGAUCGGCGUGGUGCCCCCGGGGGAGAUGCCUGUCUGUCUGUCUGUCUGACCAUGAGUGCGCAUCCUCUGGCGACGGUUUCGUCUGCGUUGAGUGUCUUGCUGAGCUCCUCCUUCUGGAAGAACCGCUUGAUGCACUCCUGCACCCACGGCACUCGAGUGCCGCCGCCGGCGAUCUCCACAUACGCUAUCUGAGACAGCGACAGAUCUGAAUCAACACACAAAGGAAGAAAGGCACACGCAGACAGACACAAAGAGUGCAGAGGCGCGUCGGUCGGUAUGCGUGUGUGUGAGACAGGCCGUUUGCUCCGCUCACUGCUGGCGGCGAGUGCCCUUUCCAUGACUUGCUGCAGCCGGGGGAUGAGAGGCUCACACAACUUCUCCAAGUCACCCCUGCACACACACACACACACACUUACACACAUGAGUGUGGUUGUCUGUGUGCUCGCGUCGUUGGUCUGUCUGUGUGGUGGGCAUCUGUGACCUCUUGAGCAGUCCGUGAAUGUCUUCCUCCUCCAUGACGCACUCGACGUUGAAGGGCGCCUCCUGGUUGGCCGACAGGAUCUUCUUGGUCUUUGUCGCGGCAUCCUCCAUCCUUCACACACACACACACACACACACACACAUCCACCACGCCAUAGAUGUGACACCUCGUCGACCGUUUCCACGCGUGUGUGUGGCAUUGGCAUGUGGCUGGCUCACUUGAGGCGUGCCUUCUUGCUGCCCAUUAUGUCCAUGCCCGUCUUCUUCUGCACACACCAUUCGCAGACACACAAGGGAUGGGUGGAGGGAGGGAUGGGUGCGUGUCCGUCUGUCCACACGUGACGACUGCUAGCACACCUUGAACUCGGCCGCGAAGUGCUCGACGAUGAUGUGGUCGAGGUCCCUGCCGCCCAGCUGCCGGUCGGAGGCCUCAGACAGGAUCUUCACCUGACCCUUGACGUACUCAGCUACUGUCACAUAGGUGAUGCCGUGACCUAUCAUGCAGACACACACACACCCCACAAGCAGGCAAUACAAUUGUCUGUAUGUCUGUCUGUCUGUCUGUAUGUCUGUGUGGUGUGUGGCGAGGCGAUCGGGUCGCUUCGCUUACCCAUGCAGACGAAGGCGACGUUGGACGGUUCGCUCUCGGAGAAGGUGUUAGACCGAUAAAUGCCGUAGUCGAGGGCAGCUGACCAAUCAGUCAACACGCACACACAGACGCGUGCCCUCCUCCUGUCGGCAUGUCUGUCAGUGUAGCUCAGCUCACUGGCAGUGUGUUCGUUGAAGACUCUGAGCACGUGGAGUCCGGCGAUCUCGGCGGCAUCCAUGACGGCGCGGCGCUGCAUGUCGGUGUACCACCCCGGGAUGCCAAUCACCACGUCGCGUACCGCCGUCCCAGCGUCCCUCUCGGCGAUCUCGCGCAGCCUGUUGAGCAAUGCCGCCAACACACGGCUGGCAGUGAACACACGCUCCUCCCCCUUGUAGUUCACCUGUCAUGACACGGACAACGCAAGGGACGUUUGUGUGCAGUGCAGAGUGGCCAGCCGGCGCGGUCAGCGAGCGUGGCGUGCUUACUUUGAAGCCGACGAGUCCGUCGUCGGUGGGUACGAUCUCUGCCAGCUCGAACUGCUUCUCGCGGGCGAUGUCGGGGUCGUCAUUGCAGCGGCCCAGCACCAGCUUGAUGUUGCGACACGUGUUCUUAAAAUUGGACUUGAUCUGACACACAACCACAUCACACACAGAGACACACAGCACGUCAAUUCAACGCUGCUGCGUCUUCCUGUGUCUGCCUCAGGUAGCUCGGUUUACCUGCGCGACGGCCACAUCGCCGACGAGCCGCUCCUGGUCCGUGUACCCCACCACAGACCUGACAGCACAGCACACACAGGGCACACCACCGGAGCCGAGAGUGCGUAGAGUACUGAUGUGGUACGAGACACGCAGAUCUGUGGCUGCACGGCACGCUGCCCUGCGCAACUGUCCGUCUGUGUGUCAAACUUACGGCGUGAGUCGCUCGCUGAUCUCAUUCCUGACGAUGUGCACGGCGCCCGACUUGAGGGCGGCGAUGCAGCACGCCGAUGUGCCGAUAUCUAUGCCGACGACACUCAUGGUGUGAUCCUCGCGCCCUCAGCCACAGAUCCUGAUGCCUUUGCUUCACUCUGGCUCUGGCGCGGCAGGAUGGCAC